AUGGCGUCACGGCUAUGGGACUGCGAGAGCACCCUCUACGACUCCUUCGAGCUCCGGUCCUUCAAGCGCGCCCUCGACUCCGCCAUCGUCUCCCGCAGUCUCUCCAUGCCCCACUUCCCCGACCGCCGCGGUGAGACGCCCGGUCCGCCCCUACCCCAGCCACCGUCUGCUCCGCCGCCCACCAAGAAAGGGUCCAAGAUCUCGCGGUCGCUCCACAGGCUCCUCCGGUCCGUCUUCAAGCCGAACAAGCCCAUCUUCGGGGUCGAACGGCAUGAAGCCCUCAAGGGCAACUUCCUCUUCUUCUACGACAAGUCCGGUGCCCUCUCGACGAUUCCGGAGGUCCCGGAGAGCGAGUGUUUCGCGGCGCUGUCCCCCGAGGUGAGCUCGUUCGUGCAGAGAACGGCGUCAGAGAGAUUCACGGCUGCUUCGGCCGGGAUUUCGUGCGCUUAG